AUGCCCUAUGCACCAGCAGCCCCAGCACCAGGGCCCACUGCACCCACACUCCCUACCUUGGCAUCCGUUACCUUGGCACCUCUGCACCUGCACCACCAGCUCCUGCACCAACAGCUCCGUAACUUGGGCUCCACCAGUUCCUGGACUUCAGGCUCUACCAGUUCCUGCACCAUAUUCGUGCAAGCUCCAACACUGCAGACCUUGAUGGGUUCUGCCCCACUGGUGCUGCUAGUUCCUGUGCCCUGGUCCCCAUUGGUUCCUGUGCCUCAUGCCCUGCUGGCUGCUGCAUCACAGGACCUGCUGACUUUGCCUUCAGCUACAGCACCUCCAACUCCGGUGCAUCCUGCUCCAGCACCUUCUGCUCUGGUGCCUCCCACUCCAGCACCUCUCACUCUGGUACCUCCAGCUUCAGUCCAUCCUACUACAGCACCUCAAGCUCCUGCACCUCUCACUCCUGGGCCUCUUGCUCUGCCACCUCCUAGUCUGACACCUCCCAGUCUGACACUGCCCAAUCCAGUGCCUCCCAUUCUGGAGACUCCAAAUCCACUACCUCCUGAUAUGGUGCCUUCUAACCAAGCACCUCCUGAUCCGAUGCCUCCCAAUCCAGCACCUCCCACUGCAGUACCUCCUACUGCAGUGUUGUUAGCUCCUGCACUGCCUACGCUAGCACUGCUACCACUCUCACUGUCACAUCCAGUGCACAUCUGA